ACACCCUACCGUUAAUUUAACGGACGAAAUCAAAAGGAGCGGUUCCAACUUCCAAGACGAGAGUUCCCGAUCCUAUAAAAGCUUGUGGCCGCGGUGGGAGAGGCGGCUCUGGCGGUGGAGGGAGAAUCAAGUGAGGCUGUGGAAGUGGCGGAGAACUGGUGGCGGUGGUUGUGGUGGUGGUGCCGAGCUAUAAUAGUGGAGUGGUAUAUAUCGAACAUGGUCGGCAUUGAUAUUCUACUUCCUGUCGGUCUCUCUGUUUCGCUAUCUUAUCAAUAAAAAGCCUCCUUCUCCGAGACAUUGGAAUCUGUUGAAUAAGAUUAUUUUUCCAAUAAUUCCUCGGCCGCUUCAUAUUUUUCGGUUUCAGAUUAUUCCUGUUUUGUGUUUGGGGGACAUCGAAACGUGAAAGGAUUUGGAUUUUUAUCGCGAUUUAGAUCUGAAAUCUUUCGAGGAUUUCGGGCGAUUUCAUCGAAGCGUCGAACACCAGGGAGAUCAAGCAAAGGAUUCGUUGCAUAGAGAUGCCAUUCAAAGGCAUAGUUCGUGAACUCAAGGGCAUCCGAGGUAAUAUUGAGAACAAAUCUAGAAGGCGAGAUGAGAGGAAAUGUGUGCUUGGUCGUGGAACAUCGCAUAUUGCACCUGAAAUGUCACCAUCUCCAUGUUCAUGGAUUCAACAGAGCCGGUGGGCAAAUUUACCCCCCGAGUUGCUUAUUGACAUACUUCGGCGUGUAGAAGCGAGAGAGACCUUAUGGCCUGCCCGGAGGGAUGUGGUUGCUUGUGCUGCAGUUUGCAGGACAUGGAGGGAAAUGACAAAAGAGGUUGUGAGGACUCCGGAGCAAUGUGGUUUGCUCACUUUCCCCAUGUCCUUAAAGCAGCCGGGACCAAGAGACUCUCCCAUUCAGUGCUUCAUAAAAAGGGAAAGGGCAACUUCUACGUACCAGUUGUAUCUAGGCCUGAGUCCUGUGUUGUCAGGUGACGGUAGUAAAUUAUUAUUGGCGGCAAGAAAGAUCAGAAGGGCAACAAAUACAGAUUUUUUGAUAUCCUUGGUCGCAGAUGAUUUUUCUCGGGCUAGUGACACUUAUGUUGGGAAACUGAGGUCCAAUUUCCUUGGUACAAAGUUUGUUAUUUAUGACAGUCAGCCACCAUGUGACUUUACAAUACAAUCCAAUGGUCGGUCACAUCGAAAAAUCUUUUCAAAGAAGGUACCUCCGAGGGUACCAGUUGGUAAUCACAAUGUGGCCACCAUAUCUUAUGAGCUCAAUAUUCUUCGUACCAGAGGACCAAGGAGGAUGAAGUGCACCAUGCACUUGAUCCCUGUCUCUGCAAUUCAGGAAGGUGGAACUGCCCCUACUCCAGCAACAUUUGGGGAUUGCCUUGAUGAGAAAUUAUUUCUCUUGUCAGAUAUGAAUGGCAAAAACCAAGAACUUAGCUCCACUUGUCUAGCUGAGCCACUUGACUCAAUUAGCAACACAGGAGACCCACUGGUUUUGAAAAAUAAAGCUCCUAGAUGGCAUGAGCAAUUGCAGUGCUGGUGCCUAAAUUUCAAAGGACGAGUUACAGUGGCCUCCGUCAAAAACUUUCAGCUGGUGGCAGCCGUUGAUGCCUCCCAAAAUGUCCCAGCUGCAGAGCUGGAGAAAGUGAUACUACAAUUUGGAAAGAUUGGAAAAGACAUUUUUACCAUGGACUAUCGCUACCCUCUGUCUGCCUUUCAAGCAUUUGCAAUCUGUUUAAGCAGCUUUGACACUAAACCGGCAUGCGAAUAGUGAUUCUAUUUGUAUGGGGGGCCAUGAUCAUGCUUUGUUUUCUUACCAGUUGGUUGUAUGUAUUUUUAGUAAAGGAAGCUCUUUAGGUUUUAACCUUUUCAUCGGUGAGUGCCGUGCAGGCAUUAUUCUAUUAUGAUAGCUGGUACUCAGAGAAUGUAUUGCACGAUGCAAAAUCUAUAAAACCUGCAGUUGGGUAGUUCUAAAACAUAUCUCCAGAGUGUGUAUUUUCAUCACAUUAGAAUUUGUAUGUUUAGUUUACGCAGAAGUGUAACACUAGAGGACUUCUUGUUAAUUGUAUAUUUAAACACUUGGUAAUCAGCAUUUAACUUUUGAGUACAGAAUUUUGCACACCACACCUUCCUCCAUGAAAUUCGAACGAUUUGAGGUAUGCAUACAAUGACAAACAGGACUCCAUGGGUGAUGUAGCGUCCUGGUUAUUGCUUUGUUUUAAAAAAUUCUCUUAUAAUGUGCAGGGUUGUUAUCUGCCAGCAUCUGGUGUUGUAAAUAUGCAGUAAUUCACUUGUUCAGAUAAUAUCUAUCUCAUUAUGUUUACUCUUCUCCCCGCAGCCAUAUUGGCAACCAUGACGACGAUGCUUGUCAGGAUUUUCUGGGUCUGAAUCACUAGGUUCCAUGAAAAUGCCUCUGAGGCAUCUCCUUCUGACUCUGGGCUCGUAAGUGAGCUUCUGGGUGGGCGUGACGUUGAAUUCAGCCUUAUGUGUUUCAAGGGGUUCUGGUUUUCUUUUUGACUUGAUCGGUUCUGGUGGAUUACAAGAGAGAACCAGGUGGACACCAGGGUUUCUUUCGGUGAUGGAACUGUUCAGCAUGAUUGAGUUAUUGAUUCCCUGUAUGUUACUGUUUGUAUAUGCUUGUGUUCCCUUAACUUCUUUGGUUUUUGCAUCUUCUGACUUUCUCAUUUUGGAGCCUUCCUCUCCAUCAGUGGUGGCUUCGACACUCUCAUCAGGAUUGAUCUUAUAGCCUCUGUGAAUAUGGAUUAUGCUUUCUUUUGUUGCUGGCUCAGAACCUAGGUGCAUGGAUGCUCCUCUACUUUCACCAGCAAGGGUU